GGCAAAGUCUGACACUGCGAAUGACUGGACUUCUAGAGCUAAACUGUGAACAAGUGAAAGCGCUCCUCGAGUCAGAACUCAACACACUCAACAGUCAAGAUGUCGAAAAUAGAGAAAAUGAGCAUUCUUGGAAUAAGAAGUUUUGGAGUGGAGGAUAAAGAUAAACAAGUGAUAUCAUUCUUUAGUCCUCUGACGGUGUUAGUUGGACCCAAUGGAGCUGGUAAAACGACUAUUAUUGAGUGUCUGAAAUACAUCACAUCUGGAGAUUUUCCCCCUGGAAGCAAAGGGAACACUUUCGUCCAUGACCCCAAGGACGCCCACGAGACAGACGUGCGGGCCCAGAUUCGGCUGCAGUUCAGAGACGUGAAUGGAGAAGCUGUAGCUGUUCAGAGGUCCAUGCUUAGCACGCAGAAAGGCAAGAAAACAGAGUUCAAAACCCUGGAAGGAGUCAUCACCAGAAUAAAACACGGGGAGAAGGUGAGUCUGAGUUCCAAAUGCGCAGAAAUCGAUCGUGAGAUGAUUUCAGCGCUGGGCGUAUCCAAAGCUGUCCUAAACCACGUCAUCUUCUGCCACCAAGAGGAAUCCAACUGGCCCCUGAGUGAAGGAAAGGCCCUCAAGCAGAAAUUUGAUGAGAUCUUCUCUGCCACAAGGUACAUUAAGGUCCUGGAGACACUUAGGCAGUUGAGACUAAAGCAGGCCAACACUGUUAAAUCCUGCCAGAUGGAGCUCAAAUACCUGAAACAGAACAAGGAGAAGGCCCAGGAGAUCAAGGACCUGCUUACCACCAAAGAGACCCAACUUGCCGCCUCCAAGGAGAGUGUGCAGCGUGUGGAGAGUCAAAUCGAACCUCUGGAGGAUCGACUGAUGGAAAUUGACAACAACCUCGGCAAAGUCUUGAAGCUGGACAACGACAUCAAAGCGCUGGAGAGCAGGAAGAAACAGAUGGAGGAUGAUAAUCGAGAACUAGAGGAAAAAAUGGAACAGGUUUUCCAGGGCUCGGACAUGCAGCUUCAGGACAUGUAUCAGAACCACCAGGAGACGGUGAGGAAGAAGGAGAGAAAGCUGACGGAGUGCCAGCGCGAGCUGGAGAGAGCGGGACGGGAAUGUCAGAGGAUGAGUCGCGUCAAAAACGAACUGCUCGUGGAACAGGGUCGUCUCCAGCUGGAGGCCGACAGGCACGCUCAGAACAUCAAGAACAGGGACGGUCACGUCAGAUCCCUGGCCUCUUACCUGGAGCUGGAGGGGUACGACCGCACCCCCUUCAGUGAGAGACAACUGCAGAGCUUCCACCGGCAGGUCAGAGAGAGACAGGAGAGCGAGAUGGAGGCUGUCAACCAGGUCCUGAGGGACCUGCAGGAGAAGGAGACGCAGAAGCAGCAGAGCGUCGAUGACCUGCGUGAUAAAAAGACGGGACUGGAGAGGACCAUCGAGCUGAAGAGAGACCUGCAGGCCAAGAAACAGCAGGAGCUGAAGAACGUGAAAUCAGAACUACAGAGACUGGAAGGUUCUUCAACCAGGUUACAGGAACUGGAAUCAGAACUGGCCAAAGUGGAGCGGCAGCUGGAUGAUGCUGUACAAAGCUCUACGGUGGACAGUCUGAAGGCAGAGGUGUUGGAACUGCAGAGGGAGAAGGCGGAACUGGACAGAACCCAGCGUAGACUGGACCAGGAGAUGGAGACACUCAACAUGCACACCACAGCACGCACACAGAUGGACAUGCUUAAAAAGGACAAGACGGACAAAGAGGAACAGGUGCGGAAGAUUAAGGCCCGACACAACGAAGACCUGGUGUCUCUGCUCGGACACUUCCCCAACAAGAGACAACUGGAAGACUGGAUCUACACCAAGUCCAAAGACAUCCAGGCCUGCAGGGAGAAGAUCGGCAAACUCAAUAAAGACCUGGCCUCGGCGGAACAGAACAAGAGUCACUGCACGGCGGAGCUCCGGCGGAAAGAGCAGCAGCUGCUGUCUUACGAGGAGAAAGUGUUUAACGUGUGUGGGAGCCAGGAUCUGCAGUCUGACCUGGACAAGCUACAGGAGGACCUGGAGAAAAGCAACAAACAGAGAGCGAUGCUGGCGGGUGCCACGGCAGUGUACAGUCAGUUUAUCAGUCAGCUGACGGAGGAGGGGGAGCCGUGCUGUCCCGUGUGCCAGCGUGUCUUCCCCUCCGAGGCGGAGCUCCAGGACGUCAUCAAUGACAUGCAGUCCAAACUCCGCCUGGUACCAGACAAGCUCAAAGCGUCGGAGACCGACCUGAAGAGGAAGGAGCGGAGACGCGACGAAAUGAUGGCCCUCAAACCUGUCAGACAAUCCAUCGUGGAGCUGCAGGAGCGAGAGGUGCCAGAGCUGAAGAACAGGCUGCAGUCUGUGAAUCGGGACAUUGAGAGACUGAAGGGUGACAUAGAUGAGCAGGAGACAGUGCUGUCCAUGCUGGUGUCUGAGGAGGACACAGCGAAGGCCUGUCUACAGGACAUCUCACUCAUGGACCGCUACCAGCUGGAUCUGAAGGAGGUGGAGAAGAAAAUCGCUCAGCACGCUGCCAAGCUGCAGGGGGUCGACCUGAGUCGCACCAUGCAGCAGGUCAGCCAGGAGAAACAGGAAACACAGCACCGUGUCGACACCGCCUCCAGCGCCAUCGAGCUGAAACGUAAACUGAUCCAGGAUCAGCAGGAGCAGAUCCAGGCUUUGAAGGGCAGCGUGAACGAGAUCCGCUCCGAGAAGCUGCAGAUCUCCAGCGACAUGCAGCGGCAGCAGCAGCUGGAGGACCAGUGUGCAGAGUUCAGCACGGAGAUUCAGUCUCUGCACCGAGAGAUACGAGAAGCUAAAGAGCAAGUGACUCCCCUGUCUGCCACACUAGAGAAACUGCAGCAGGAGAAACAGGAGCUGAUUGAACAGAGGCGAAAGAAACAGGAGGAGGGCAAUGAGAAGAUCAGCGCCAUUAAAGAAAGAGUGAAAAACGUGACCGUCUUAGAGAGAGAGAUUACCAGGUACACAGAAGAAGGAAAGGAUGAAUACAAAGAGCAAAAGGAAGCAGAGCUGAAGGACACAAACGCCCAGCUUCAGGAGGCUGAGAAACAGCGUGAGAAAAUCAACAAAGACAUCGGUGACAUUAGACAAGAUAUUGAUACACAGAAGGUCCAGGAGAGGUGGCUUCAGGAUAACCUGACCUUACGGAAGCGCGUGGAGGAGCUGAAGGAGGUGGCCAAGAAAAGGGAGGACCUUGUGAAGGAGAUGGGGAACAUGCAAGUCAUGCAGAUGCGAAACGAGCGUCGUGAGAUGGAGCGGCGUCUGGAGGACCUGAAGAAAAACCGUAGCGUGGCAUUGGGUCGGCAGAAGGGCUUUGAGGAGGAGAUCCUGCGUUUUAGGAAGGAGCUGCGUGAGGAGCAGUACUGCCAGGCUGAGGAGCGCUACCGAGACAAGAUGAUCGUCAUGAGGACCACUGAGCUGGCCAAUAAAGACCUGGACAUCUACUACAAAGCCCUGGACCAGACCAUCAUGAAGUUUCACAGCAUGAAGAUGGAGGAAAUUAACAAAAUCAUCCGAGACCUGUGGCGCAGCACGUACCGAGGCCAAGACAUUGAGUAUGUGGAGAUCCGGUCAGACGUGGACGAGAACGCCUCGGCCGGGGUGAAGAGGAGGACCUAUAACUACAGGGUGGUGAUGGUGAAAGGUGACGCUGCUCUGGACAUGCGUGGACGCUGCAGUGCGGGACAGAAGGUGCUGGCCUCUCUCAUUAUUCGACUGGCUCUGGCCGAGACCUUCUGUUUGAACUGUGGCAUCCUCGCCCUGGAUGAACCCACCACCAACCUGGACCGGGAGAACAUCGAGUCUCUGGCCCAUGCCCUGGUGGAGAUCAUCAAGAGUCGCUCCCGGCAACGCAAUUUCCAGUUGCUCGUCAUCACCCACGACGAGGAUUUUGUGGAGCUCUUGGGCCGGUCCAACUACGUGGAGCACUUCUACAGAAUUCGCAAGAAUCAGGACCAAUGCUCUGAGAUCACCAAAUGCAACAUCUCCUCCCUCAACUCCUACCUUCACUAAAACGGAAACAAAGCAAAACCCCCCAAAAAAAACUCUGGUAUCAGAGAACUGACAAACACCGCGAUGAAUGUUUAAACCUAGAUAACAUAUCCCUGUGGCAACGUGUCAGUCUACAGGACUCCCUGAUUGUGUGUUGACUGUUCAGGGUUGAGACUGAACACCGUUGGUAUCAUUUUUGUGAAGAUUUCAGUGUUGGUGUGUUACUCCUACCCGGCCUUACACUUUCAUUUGAAAAUGUUCAGUUAUAAAUGUUUACUUUCUUCUUCAUCAAAAUGUUGUGGUUAUGAAGUUAUGUACACUUUGAGGAGCACUUUAUCCCACUGGGUGGUUUCACACUGUAUUUUCAUCAUCGUGUUGGCCCAUAA